AUGGAUAGGAGUAUUUCCAAGGCUGGUAGACUACAGAGAGUAGAAGAAGUUAUAAGAGAGCUAGGCUUGUUAUCUUGUGCUAAUACUCAGAUUGGUGGAGAAAGAAUUAAAGGUAUUUCUGGUGGCGAGAGGAAAAGAUUGUCAUUUGCAUCUGAGGUAUUAACCAAUCCACCAUUGAUGUUUUGUGAUGAGCCAACGUCUGGUAUCGACACAUUUAUGGCUAUGAAUGUUGUACAGACAUUAAAAACUAUGGCAAAUAAAGGCAGAACUAUUUUAUGUACCAUUCAUCAACCAUCAUCAGAAGUCUACGCCAUGUUUGAUGAAGUAUUAUUAUUAUCAGAAGGUAGAACAGCUUUUCUUGGUUCUGCUGACGAUGCUUUCACCUUCUUUAAACAGUAUGUAUUCUUUUUAUUAUUUGUCUCAAUAUGUCUGGUGUAA